AUGGGAGACCUACCACCAGAGCAGCCCCAGCUGCCCAACCGAGUCCGAAAGCCGCGCCAGUCGCCCAACCGAGCCAGAAAGCAGCGCCAGCAGGCAGAGCGAAAGGAACAAAAAGAACAAGAAGCGAAGCCACUAGACAAGGAGGAGAUGCUGCGUGAGUUCCUCGCUAUCUCAGACCAGGGACUGUCGCCGCUGUCGCCGCUGUCUUCGGCUUUCCGUGUGGAGAUCGCGCGCGCAGGUGGCACAGCCAACAUGAGCAAGCCUAGGGAGUCGGAUGACAUGGGCCUAAAGGCCCCAUUCUUUGUGUCUUCGGGACAGUGCUGGGAGAAGAAGCCGCUGUCGACAGAUGAGUUCCUGGAUGACCUUUUGGAUGGUUUCAGCAAGCAGAAGACCCAAAUCUACAAGCGUGGGAUUGGCCACUUCCCAUGCGAAAGCGCGCCCAUUACCCAAGUGUUGAAGCAACUUUGGUUCCCCGACCCGGAAAGCACGUUUUACGCAGUAAACAUGGAGGCGAAGUCGGCAGUGAUGCGCAUUCCUGAGUGCUUAUAUGGAAUAUAUAACCUGGACCCCAAAGACAUAAAGACCACCACGAACAUCACCCCACAAUUCUCCUUUGUGGACAUACACGUCGACCACGGGAGACAUGGGCUGACGGCGCUUUCCGAAGACUGCGUCAAGCUAUGGGCGCUAUAUCCCCUAUCAGACUACAACAAGGCCAAGCUGUCCGAGGUGUAUAACAAGAACUCCUUGUUCAUUGCGCUGCAAGGAAGGCUAGAAAAAGGAGAGUUCUGUAUCCAGACGGCGGCAGAAGCACUCUACCUCCCACCCGGGUACAUCCACGCAACCGUAACGCUGAGAGGCGGGCUCACCCCGGGGAUACAAUUCACAAAUGCGUGA